AUGACCCUUUUCCGGCUGUUUGACGAGCACAAGGACGUGCUGAUCCUGGUCUUCCUGGAGGACAUUCCCAGCUACCUGCUGUCUCCGUACCACCGCAUGAGGAACCUGCUGAAGAAAAAGACCUACCUGAGCUGGCCCCGCGCCCAAACGCACCCCGAGGUGUUCUGGGAAAAGCUGCGUCUGGCCCUGCAGAGCGGAGACGAGCUGGACGAGCACAGGCUGCUCUCCAACAGGCUUCACUCCAUCUGA